AUGAAGCGGGACUGGAAUCAAAGUGCUGAUCGACUAGCAAGUGAAGCUCUACAGCGAGAAAAGGGUACAAUUGUAAUUUCGGAUCAAGACCGCCAAGACUUGGUUACUCUAAAUCGGUUGGACGAGCUGUUGAUCCCAAGCCAGGUCGAUCAGGUAGUCAAAGUGGCUGCGAUCACUCGAUCAGCUGUGAGAAGACGUUGUCAGCCAGAAAUUUGGCAGGAAGAAAUCGUGCAGCAAAUGCGGGUCGAUCGCAUAAGACAAGCUCAAGACGAAGAAUGUUGGAUAUCUAACUUGAAGACAUAUUUGGUCGGGGAUGUUGCGACGCUAACAGCGGACGAAGCGAAGAGCUGCGCCCAGAUCACAUCCGAUUACGAAGUGGACCUAAGUGGACUAUUAUUUUUCUGCCAUGGAGCGAACGCGAAAUCUGAAGAUCGUAACGAGUUGGUUCGCUUGGUAAUUCCGGAGUUAUUGCAGCAGGAUGUUUUGCAUCAUUAUCAUACGAGUCUGGAAGGUGGUCACCAAGGGAUUGGUCGAACCUACCAACGGAUCAAAAUGAAUUUCCACUGGCGAGGGUUGUACCGCAGUGUGCAGCGAUAUGUAGGCGAAUGUGUGGAUUGUGAAACAGGCAAGGGGCGGCCAUCUGAUCAUGGAGGAUCACCAGAAAAUUUACAGGCGACUUAUCCGUUUCAAAUUUUGGCUAUGGAUCAUAUUCCGUCACUACCGCGAUCUUUCAAAGGAAAUACGGAGUUGUUACUAUGGGUUGAUCUGUUUUCAGGCUAUGUGAUCGCAAAGGCCAGUUCGCUCCGGACUGCACAGACGAUCGCAGAAAACUACGAAGAGUGUGUUUUCCGACGGUUUGGUGCAAGUGAGGCGAUACGCCACGAUCGAGAGCCAGGAUUCAUGUCUGACUUCUUUCGUGCGUUUAAUCGGAUCGCGGGGCAGAAACAACGAGCUACCUUGGCAUAUAGACCACAAGCAAAUGGCACGGCAGAGCGCAUGGUCCAAACGUUGACACGAUCAAUCAAGAUGUAUGUAACGGAUGAGAACCAGAAAGAUUGGGACGAGUAUGCAGAAAGGCUGACUUUCGCGAUCAAUACUGCCCAAGAUCGUGUCCGUGGAAAUACCCCGUUUUAUCUGAUUCACGGUUGGGACCCGCGAUCGACCUUGGAGGCGGCCCUACCGUUAGGGAGCACCAAAGCGCGUGAUCGUGAUUCACGGCGAUGGCGAUACGGCAUACAACGCCACUAUCAACGGGCAAGAUCGGCAGUGAACGACCGUUUGAAACUUGCGAUACAAGACCGAUCUGAUCGACAUAAUGCAGAUCACGAUCGUUUUGAGGUGGAUCGUGGAUCACAGGUGUGGCUCUAUCUGGAUCGCGUCAAAGAAGGAUAUGCUCGGAAGUUAGCCCAUAUGUGGCACGGACCGUUUCGGGUAGCCGAUAAAUGUGGCGAUCACGCAGUACGAUUGGAGAUCGCGGGUACGCCAUACAGGCUAUUCCCGGUGGUCCAUGUGUCUAAGCUGAAACAAGUUAGAGUGUUCCCAGAACGCCCUACAAAUUUGUUGAAUGUGGAUGAAGCAGAUCGAGUGGAUUUUGAUGAAGCGUUACUGCCGGAAGACAGCUGGAAUGGUGAGCUAGAGGAAGGCGAACACGAAGUGGAAAAAAUCGUGGAUGUGCGAUCGGGUCGAAGAACGCGCUAUGGUCGGGUGCAUCGCCAGCUUUUAGUGAAGUGGAAGGGUUAUAACGAUCCUGAAUGGGUCGAUGAAGCGGAUUUGAAUUGUGGUGCUUUGUUGCAAGAGUUCGAUCGCGAUCGAGCUAGCCGAAAUCGUUUUGAGGUGAUGCAAUCGCACGAGGAGGAGUCUCGUGGUUAA